UUCCCUUCUGUUCCUGCUCCCCAUUUGUUCUUCUCCUAUUCCUGUCUCUCUCUUUCUGCCUGGCGCCUUUUCCCCUCAGAGAGGGGACAUGUCUGCCCCAGCUCUCCCCCGUAUCCCCCUAUCUGCACAGCACAAGGACCCAAGGAGGGGGCAGGGACCCUGCUCACCAGCACCCACCGUGGCUGGGGAGGAGGAGGCUCUGUCUGGGGGCUGUGAGCAGAUGUCCCUGGGGGUGACCCUCACUGACCGCCUCGUGGCUGCACGGAGCCUUCCUGGGCUGGGGGAGACCAUGAGACCAGAGAGCUGCUCUGAGGAGCUGCCAGCCCUCCAGACCAUCCGCUUGGACCGGGAGGAUAUCUGCACCAUUGGGAGACUUGGGAGCCUGCCGGGGAUUCACAGCCUCUACCUGCAGAGGAACCAAAUUGAGAAGAUUGAGAACCUGGACUGCUUUCCCAACCUGCAAUUCCUCUCACUGGCUGGAAACUGCAUCCGCAAGAUAGAGAACCUACGGCCCCUGCAACACCUGCGCUUCCUGGACCUGUCCCAGAACCAGAUCCAGACUCUGGAUGCAGAUGAGCUGCCCCGCAGCCUCCGCCUCCUGGACUUGACAGGAAAUGAAUGCACCCACCAACCCGGCUACAGGGAGCUGGUGGUGAGAGCCCUGCCCCAUCUCCUGCAGUUGGACGCCCAGCCCCUCCAUGGCUGCAUGGAUCCUGUCUCAGAUGAGAAAGAGGAGGAGAAACAUUGCUCCACCAGCGAGGAUAGCGAUGAUGAGUUGUUCUCUGAGCUGAGUGCCCCUUUCACCACAGGCAAAGAUUUCUUCACAGAUCUGCAGCAGGAGCUGGCUGGGCACUCUCGGAGGAGGCAGGGGAAGGCCCUGGAGGAACACCAGGCCCGUCUGCAGGAGCUGCAGGAGCAUGGGGGUCUGCUGCUGCCCCCCCUACCGCUGCGCUCAUUGGGCACAGAGAGCUGCCUACCCCCCAGCCCAGGAACCACCACAGCCCCUGGCCCUGGGCGGUCUCAGCUCCAUCCCCAGGCAAAGCAGCCAAAACCAGCUGCCAUCCUGAGCCAGCCCCGGCCCAGAGCCCUGCAAGGGGAGCCUUGUAUCAAAGGGGCAGAGAAAUAGGCAGCACCUCAUGUAUGUGGCACCAGCACAGUGCUGCACAGUUGGAAUUAAAGCCUCUUUAUUCUUA